GGCGGGGACCACCAAAGACUGGCAGACGUGACGGGGGGUCCCGGUUAGUUUGCGGGUCGGUGGGCGGAAUGAGGGCCAGACCCCGCACCCCACCGCCAGCCCGAGAGAGGCUGAAGGUGGGGAGCGGGAGAGCAAGCAGGCGUCAGACCCGGCAAAGCAAGGGGCAAGCAGAUGGCUGGACGGGCUGCCCAAGGUGGCUGGCUGCAGUAGUCCAUCUGAGAACCUGAAGCACUUCAGUCCCAGCAAUGCCUACUUUUGCCCUGAAUGGACAGCAAGCAAAGAAGCUUUAAGGCCUACACUAUUAGGGCAGUGAUCUUCUGCUGAGUCAAAAAGCUGCCAUUGUCCACACCCCCCCAUCAUCAUGUCAGGAAGCUACACUCCUACAGCUGGUGGGCCCUUCUCUGCUCUCACUCCCAGUAUAUGGCCUCAGGAGAUCUUGGCCAAAUACACCCAGAAAGAAGAAUCCGUCGAGCAGCCAGAAUUCCGAUAUGAUGAAUUUGGUUUCCGAGUAGACAAAGAAGAUGGUGCUGAGCCAAACUCCAGCAAGCUCCUGGGCAUCCCACUGACUGAAGAGCCACAACAUAGGCUGAAAUGGCAAGCCCACUUGGAGUUCACACACAACCAUGAUGUGGGGGACCUCACUUGGGACAAGAUUGAAGUGACUCUCCCACGUUCAGAGAAACUGCGCUCCCUCGUACUGGCUGGCAUUCCUCACAGCAUGAGGCCGCAGCUGUGGAUGCGACUGUCAGGCGCUCUACAGAAGAAGAGAAAUUCAGAGAUGUCUUAUCGAGAAAUUGUGAAAAACAGCUCCAAUGAUGAAACCAUUGCUGCCAAACAAAUUGAAAAAGAUCUGCUCCGCACCAUGCCCAGCAACGCCUGCUUCUCCAACAUGAAUAGCAUUGGAGUGCCACGGCUACGCAGAAUACUCCGGGGACUGGCUUGGCUGUACCCAGAUAUAGGAUAUUGUCAAGGCACUGGCAUGGUUGUGGCUUCGUUGCUUCUCUUCUUGGAAGAGGAAGAUGCCUUCUGGAUGAUGUGUGCCAUCAUUGAGGACCUGGUGCCAGCCUCCUACUUCAGCACCACCCUGAUGGGAGUCCAGACUGACCAGCGUGUCCUCCGCCAUCUCAUUGUGCAGUACCUGCCACCACUGGAUAAACUUCUUCAAGAGCACGACAUUGAACUGUCCCUGAUCACCCUGCAUUGGUUCCUCACGUCAUUUGCUAGUGUUGUGCAUAUCAAGCUGUUGCUACGCAUUUGGGAUCUCUUUUUUUACCAGGGCUCCAUAGUUCUCUUCCAGGUCACAUUGGGCAUGCUCAGCAUGAAGGAAGAGGAACUGAUUCAGUCUGAGAACUCUGCAUCCAUCUUCAACACACUCUCAGACAUCCCCUCUCAGAUUGAAGAUCCAGAUGUGCUCCUGCAGGAAGCCAUGCGUGUUGCUGGCUCACUGACAGAUGUGGCAGUGGAGACUCAGCGGUGCAAACACCUUGCUUACCUCAUAGCAGACCAAGGGCAGCUGCUCAGUCCCAGUGCUUCUGUCAACAUUUCAAAGAUUGUGAGACGCAGGACACAACGCAGGAAGUCUGGCAUCACCUCACUGCUUUUCGGAGAAGAUGACGUGGAAGCACUGAAGGCCAAAAACAUAAAGCAAACAGAACUGGUUGCAGACUUGCGAGAGGCCAUCCUUCAAGUGGCACGGCACUUCCAGUGUGUGGAUCCCAAGAGCUGCAGCAUAGAUUUGACUCCCGAUUACACCAUGGAAAGCCACCAGCGGGAUCAUGAAAGUUAUGUAGCAUGUUCCCGGAACCGACGGCGACGUGCCAAAGCACUGCUAGACUUUGAGCGCCAUGACGACGACGAACUGGGCUUCCGCAAGAAUGAUAUCAUUACGAUCAUCUCCCAGAAGGAUGAGCACUGUUGGGUGGGGGAGCUGAAUGGCCUGAGAGGUUGGUUCCCUGCAAAGUUUGUGGAGGUCCUGGAUGAACGGAGCAAAGAGUAUUCCAUUGCUGGGGAUGACUCUGUCACUGAAGGGGUGACAGAUUUGGUUCGAGGGACGCUCUGUCCAGCCCUCAAGGCCAUAUUUGAACAUGGACUGAAGAGGCCAUCUCUGCUGGGGGGACCCUGCCACCCUUGGCUUUUCAUCGAAGAGGCUGCUGGGCGCGAAGUAGAGCGUGACUUUGACUCUGUGUAUUCUCGCCUUGUGCUCUGCAAGACUUACAGGCUGGAUGAAGAUGGAAAAGUUCUAACUCCAGAAGAGCUGCUUUACCGAGCGGUGCAGUCUGUGAACAUGUCACAUGACGCAGCACAUGCCCAGAUGGAUGUGAAGCUUCGUUCUCUCAUCUGUAUUGGACUCAAUGAGCAGGUGCUGCACCUGUGGCUUGAGGUGUUGUGCUCCAGCCUGCAGACCGUGGAGAAGUGGUUUCAUCCCUGGUCCUUCUUGCGCAGCCCUGGCUGGGUGCAGAUCAAGUGUGAGCUCAGAGUCCUCAGUAAGUUUGCAUUCAGCCUCUCUCAAGAUUGGGAACUUCCUGUAAAGAGAGAGGAGAAGGAAAAGAAACCACUGAAGGAAGGAGUUCAGGAUAUGCUUGUGAAGCACCACCUCUUCAGCUGGGACAUAGAUGGGUGACUUCUUCCCAGGCCUCAAUCUGGACUCCUUGGAUGGCAUCACAUACUUGGCAUAUGCCCCCUCCUCUCCCCCAGCCUAUUGCCCCCUUCAUGCAUUGUAUACCCUGGCCAGCCCUGCUCCUUUCCAGUAGUCUCUUACUAAUGAAGAGAUCUCCCUUCAUGAUGUUGUAUCGACUCACUGGGGCAGACGGACAACAGCACAGUGAAGAGGGCAGGGAUUGUGCUGUGUUUAGACUCUGACUGUCUAGCUUCCCUUCUCUAUGGUGUUACUAAUCGGAUUGUGCAGCGCAUGUAUACACAUACUCUACAGCAGUUGUGAAUACCACUUGGGCCCAGCAUCUGAGGGGAGCAAGCACCUUUUCCUUGAAACCUGAAAUUCUGUAUAAAUGGAAGAAGAAAAAUGUGAUUUGGCUCUGAAGUAGGCAAGGGAAGCCCAACAAGUGGCAAAAGGAAUGCCCCAGGGAGAGGCAUCCUGGCUCUUACAGGUCUCUUUUGUAAGAGGAAAAUGACUAGUGGGCUCCCAUUUGUAGGGCACCACACCCCCCCCCCAAAAGCCUUUUCCUACAUUGAGAUAAUCAUGAAGUAUCUCUGGCUGAGGGAAGGCAAGCUGCUAGGUUUCCAGGUGCUACAGUGCAUGGUGUGGUGCUGCCACAAAGUGCCUAACAUGACUAGCUGGUAACUGAAACUGCCUUGGAUGUUGAGAAGCAUGGUGGCAGCAACGGUCUAGCCAUUAGUUCUGGAUCGUGGCUGAAUAGAAUCUGUCAUUUUAGCCUAGUGCAGAUUUUUUUAAAAUUAGUAACCAAAAGAUGUAAAUUAUAUCCAGAAAUCUGUAUAUUUUGACAUAUCUUAGUUCAGGAAGUGAAGUGGAUUCAGGACUGAGCUGGCUCAGGGAGACAAUUGCAGCCUCUAUCCUAUUGGAGGACAAUGGCAGAGGCUGCAGGAUAGGAGCACACAACUUGAUGCAUGAUGGCAGCACCAAUUGAGUGCAUGUGAUGAAGAAAGCACUGGUUGGGGAGCACAAUCAAAUCAUGCAAAGAUUCUGUGUCAUUGUGGUUUCUAAAUAAAUUGCACAUCUUGUGACUGUGUCGAAGAUAGUAAUGGGGAAAGUGGGAUUGAGCUUCUGUAUGCCUUUAGCCUUAUUUUGUUUACCUGAGCUAUGGCAAUGUUAAUGAUGUUCUAUGGGAGUGAGUUGGCACUCAUGCUGAUUCUUGAGAAAUUACAUAUUAAGUAAAUAGUUAACCAGCCUUUA